AGUCGGCGGCGGGGCGGCCGCGCGCGGAGGCGGAGGGGGAGGGGGCAUGCCCGGUUGGAGCCGGGCCUCCGGGCGCGCCCCGGCCGCCGUCCCCACCUCCGCCUCCUCCUUCUCCUCCUCCUCCUCCGUCUCCUCCUCCUCCGCCCCUUCCAGUCCCGCCGCCGCCGCAGCCAACAUGGCUGCGCUCCGGAGCCCGGCCGGCGGCCUCUGUUGAGCGCCGGCCCCCGCGGUCCCGGGGUUCGCCCCCCACCCCCAGGCGCGCAGACGCCCCCGGCCCAUGGCCCCCGCCGCCUCGCGCUUCCCGGCGCGCUAAGGCGGCCGCCCAGCCCGGCCCGGCCUCGGGGCGCCCCCGGGGUGCCGCGUCCGGCGGGGGGGAGAGGCGGGGGGCGGCCCGCCGCCAUGGAGCCCCGGCGCCGGGAGCUGCUCGCUCAGUGUCAGCAGAGCCUGGCGCAGGCCAUGACCGAGGUGGAAGCGGUGCUCGGGCUGCUGGAGGCCGCGGGCGCGCUGAGCCCCGGCGAGCGGCGGCAGCUGGACGAGGAGGCGGGAGGCGCCAAGGCGGAGCUGCUGCUCAAGCUGCUGCUGGCUAAGGAGCGGGACCACUUCCCGGACCUGCGCGCCGCGCUCGAGAAGACGCAGCCUCACCUGCUGCCCAUCCUCUACCUGAACGGCGUGGUGGGGCCGCCGCCGCCGCCGCCCGCCGAGGGUGCGGGCUCCACCUACAGUGUCCUGUCCAUCAUGCCGUCAGACUCGGAGAGUAGCAGCUCGCUCAGCAGUGUGGGUACCACUGGGAAGGCACCGUCGCCGCCACCCCUCCUCACCGACCGCCAGGUGAACGAAAAGGUGGAGAACCUCUCCAUUCAGCUGCGACUGAUGACUCGUGAGAGGAAUGAACUGCGCAAGCGCCUGGCCUUCGCAACCCAUGGGACAACCUUCGACAAGAGGCCCUACCACAGGCUAAAUCCUGACUACGAGAGGCUGAAAAUCCAGUGUGUGCGGGCCAUGUCUGACCUGCAGAGUCUGCAGAACCAGCACACCAAUGCGUUGAAGAGGUGUGAGGAGGUGGCCAAGGAGACCGACUUCUAUCACACACUCCACAGCCGGCUCCUGAGUGACCAGACUCAGCUGAAGGACGAUGUAGACAUGCUGAGGCGGGAGAACGGGCAGCUACUGCGGGAGCGGAACCUACUACAGCAGUCCUGGGAGGACAUGAAGCGGCUCCACGAGGAGGACCAGAAGGAGAUCGGUGAUCUCCGGGCCCAGCAGCAGCAGGUACUAAAGCACAACGGGUCAUCAGAGAUCCUGAACAAGUUGUACGACACGGCCAUGGACAAGCUGGAGGUGGUCAAGAAGGACUAUGAUGCCCUGCGGAAGCGGUACAGCGAGAAGGUCGCCAUCCACAACUCAGACCUGAGCCGCCUGGAGCAGCUGGGGGAGGAGAACCAGCGCCUGCUGAAGCAGACAGAGAUGCUGACCCAGCAGAGGGACACGGCCAUCCAGCUCCAGCACCAGUGCGCCCUGUCACUGAGGAGGUUCGAGGCAAUCCACCAUGAGCUAAAUAAGGCCACAGCCCAGAACAAGGACCUGCAGUGGGAGAUGGAGCUGUUGCAGUCAGAGCUGACAGAGCUGAGGACCACACAGGUGAAAACAGCCAAGGAGUCAGAGAAAUACAAGGAGGAGCGCGAUGCUGUGUACAGCGAGUAUAAGCUCAUCAUGAGUGAGCGUGACCAGGUCAUCUCUGAGCUGGACAAGCUACAGACUGAGGUGGAGCUGGCUGAGUCCAAGCUCAAGAGCAGCACAUCUGAGAAGAAGGCAGCCAGUGAGGAGAUGGAGGCCCUGCGGCAGAUCAAAGAAACAGUGACGAUGGAUGCUGGGAGAGCCAACAAGGAGGUGGAGGUCCUUCGAAAGCAGUGCAAGGCUCUGUGCCAGGAGCUGAAGGAAGCCCUCCAGGAGGCAGACGUGGCCAAAUGCCGGCGGGACUGGGCCUUCCAGGAGCGGGACAAGAUUGUGGCAGAGCGCGACAGCAUCCGGACCCUGUGUGACAACCUCAGACGGGAGCGGGACCGGGCCGUGAGUGAGCUGGCUGAGGCCCUGCGCAGCCUGGACGACACUCGGAAGCAGAAGAACGAUGUCAGCCGCGAGCUUAAGGAGCUCAAGGAGCAGAUGGAAUCCCAGCUAGAAAAGGAGGCCCGAUUCCGGCAGCUGAUGGCCCACAGCUCCCAUGACUCCGCUAUCGACACCGAUUCCAUGGAGUGGGAAACAGAAGUGGUUGAGUUUGAAAGGGAGACGGAGGACGUUGACCUGAAGGCACUUGGGUUUGACAUGGCCGAGGGUGUGAAUGAGCCUUGUUUUCCUGGGGACUGUGGCAUAUUUGUCACUAAAGUGGACAAAGGAAGCAUCGCUGAUGGCCGCUUGAGGGUCAAUGACUGGCUGCUGAGGAUCAACGAUGUGGACCUAAUCAAUAAGGACAAGAAGCAGGCCAUCAAGGCUCUUCUACAUGGGGAGGGGGCUAUCAACAUGGUUGUGCGGCGCAGGAAGUCCCUGGGGGGGAAGGUGGUCACACCCUUGCACAUCAACCUCAGUGGACAGAAAGACAGUGGCAUCAGUUUGGAGAAUGGAGUGUUCGCUGCUGCCGUGGUGCCAGGAAGCCCCGCCGCCAAAGAAGGGUCCCUUGCCGUGGGAGACAGGAUUGUUGCGAUCAAUGGCAUUGCACUGGACAAUAAGUCUCUGAAUGAAUGUGAAUCCCUACUGCGCAGCUGCCAGGACUCCUUGACCCUCUCCCUCCUGAAGGUGUUCCCUCAGAGCUCCUCAUGGAGUGGCCAGAACAUCUUCGAAAACACCAAGGACUCUGACAAGUUGUUGGGUUUCCGAGCCCAUGGGCCCGAGGUCCAGGUACACAACAAGCGGAACUUGGUACAGCACAAUAACUCCACACAGACGGACAUCUUCUACUUGGACCAGCUGGAGGACCGCAAGGACUUGGGCCUGGCUGGAGGCAGCAGCUCCUUUCUGCACAAGCCUUUCCCCAUCUCCCCUCAGGCCUGUCCCAGCACUUCCGAGCGGAGCCUGAGCUCCUUCCGCUCCGAUACCUCUGGGGAGCGUCCCUAUGGGCUGGCAGACAUUCGGAGCCGGCGGCCGCUGCUGCCCUUCGAGACUGACGUGGGCCCUUGUGGGGCAGUGGAGCCCCCCCUGGACAAGGUUGACCCUGAGGGCUCCAAUAGCGGUGGGACCUGGCCUAAGGCCGUGCUCAGCUCCACAGCAGGGCCAGAAAAGCUGUCCGUCUACAAAAAGCCAAAGCAAAGAAAGUCUAUCUUCGACCCAAACACUUUCAAACGUCCCCAGACACCCCCCAAAAUAGACUACCUGCUCCCAGGCCCUGGGCCGGCUCAUUCCCCCCAGCCCUCAAAGAGGGUGGGUUCUCUUACGCCCCCCAAGCCACCCAGGAGGAGUGACUCCAUCAAGUUCCAGCACAGACUGGAAACUAGUUCUGAGUCAGAGGCCACUUUGGUGGGCAGCUCCCCGUCUACCAGCCCCCCGAGCGCCCCACCUCCCGACAUGGAUCCUGGGGAGCCCAUGCAUGCUUCACCCCCUCGCAAGGCCAGGGUGCGCAUCGCCUCCAGCUACUACCACGAAGGAGAUGGGGACCCAUUCUGCCUGCCCACCAAGAAGUCCUGUGAGGAGGACCUUACUUCCCAGAAGGCAGAUGAGCUGGGGCAGAAGCGCCGCCGCCCAAAGUCGGCUCCCAGUUUUUGGCCCAAGCUUGCUCCGGUAGUGAUUCCUGCUCAGUGCCUGGAGGAACAGAAGUGCAGCCCGGCCAGUGGUGAGCUCUCCCCGGAGGCCCAGGAGUGGUCCCCAUACUCACCAGGGCAUCCUGGCCGGCAUGGCAAUCCCCCACUCUACCCCAACAGGCCAUCCGUGGGCACUGUUCCUCGGAGUAUGACCCCCAGCACCACCGUGAGCUCCAUCCUGAGAAACCCCAUCUACACUGUGCGCAGCCACAGGGUCGGCCCCUGCAGCUCCCCGCCCGUACCUCGUGAUGCUGGCCCCCAGGGCUUGCCUACCAGUGUCCAGCACCAGGGACGCCUGAGUCUAGACCUGAGCCACAGGGCCUGUGGUGACUAUUCUGAGAUGAGAGCCUCCCACGGUUCCAACUCCCUGCCCUCCAGUGCUCGCCUAGGGUCUUCUAGUAACUUGCAGUUCAAGGCAGAGCGCAUUAAGAUCCCGUUGACACCGAGAUACCCCCGGUCUGUCAUGGGCUCUGACAGAGGCUCACUGUCACAUUCUGAGUGCAGCACUCCUCCUCGGUCACCCCUGAGCGUUGACACCCUGUCCUCUUGUAGCCAGCCCCAGACCUCAGCUUCCACAUUGCCCCGGAUUGCCGUUAACCCUGCAUCCCUUGGGGAACGGAGAAAAGACAGGCCUUACGUGGAAGAACCACGCCACGUGAAGGUGCAGAAGGGCUCAGAGCCCCUGGGCAUCUCCAUUGUGAGUGGAGAGAAGGGUGGCAUCUAUGUCUCCAAAGUGACCGUGGGGAGCAUCGCCCACCAGGCUGGCCUUGAGUAUGGGGACCAGUUGCUCGAGUUCAAUGGUAUAAACCUGCGGAGCGCCACCGAGCAGCAGGCCCGGCUCAUCAUUGGGCAGCAGUGCGAUACCAUCACCAUACUGGCCCAGUACAACCCGCAGAUGCACCAGCUCAGCAGCCACUCUCGCUCCAGCUCCCACCUGGACCCUGCUGGUGUCCACUCCACUCUUCAGGGCAGCGGUGCCACCACCCCAGAGCACCCCUCAGUCAUUGACCCACUGAUGGAGCAGGACGAAGGCCCUGGCACCCCUCCAGCCAAGCAGAGCACUUCCAGCUCUAGGAUGUUGGGAGAUGCCAGCAAGAAGACGGCGGAGCCCCGAGUUGUCUCCCUCAAGAAGUCCCCACUGGAGCUUGGCGUGCACGUGUGUGGCGGGAACUUGCGCGGGGUGUUUGUGGCUGAGGUGGAGGAUGACAGUGCUGCCCGAGGACCCGAUGGCCUUGUGCCGGGAGACCUCAUCCUCGAGUAUGGCAACCAGGAGGUACGGAAUAAGACUGUGGAGGAGGUGUAUGUGGAGAUGCUGAAGCCCAAAGAUGGUGUCCGCCUGAAGGUGCAGUACCGCCCUGAGGAAUUCGCCAGGAUCAAGGGCCUCCCUGGAGACAGCUUCUACAUCAGGGCCCUGUAUGACCGGCUGGCAGAGGUGGAGCCUGAGCUGAGUUUUAAGAAAGAUGACAUCCUCUAUGUGGAUGACACCUUGCCCCAGGGCACGUUUGGGUCCUGGAUGGCUUGGCAGCUGGAUGAAAAUGCCCAGAAGAUCCAGCGCGGACAGAUUCCCAGCAAAUAUGUGAUGGACCAGGAGUUCUCCAGGAGGCUCAGCAUGUCUGAGGUGAAGGACGACAACGGCACUGCCAAGACGCUGUCGGCGGCCGCUCGCCGGUCCUUCUUCCGCCGGAAGCACAAGCACAAGCGCAGCGGGUCUAAAGACGGGAAGGACCUCCUGGCCCUGGACACCUUUUCUAAUGACUCCCUUCCGCUCUUUGAAGACUCGGUGAGCCUGGCCUAUCAGCGGGUCCAGAAGGUAGACUGCACCUCGCUGAGGCCAGUCCUGAUUCUGGGGCCAUUACUGGAUGUGGUGAAGGAGAUGCUGGUGAACGAGGCACCUGGCAAGUUCUGCAGAUGCCCGCUUGAGGUGAUGAAGGCCUCCCAGCAGGCCAUAGAGCGGGGUGUCAAGGACUGUCUGUUUGUUGACUACAAGCGGAGGAGCGGCCAUUUUGAUGUGACCACCGUGGCUUCAAUAAAGGAGAUCACAGAAAAGAACCGGCACUGCCUCCUGGACAUUGCUCCACACGCCAUCGAGCGUCUGCAUCAUAUGCACAUCUACCCCAUCGUCAUCUUCAUCCACUAUAAGAGCGCCAAGCACAUCAAGGAGCAGAGAGACCCUGUCUACCUAAGGGACAAGGUGACGCAGAGGCAUUCCAAAGAGCAGUUUGAGACAGCUCAGAAGAUCGAGCAGGAGUACAGCAGGUACUUCACAGGAGUCGUCCAGGGAGGGGCCCUGUCCAGCAUCUGCGCCCAGAUCUUGGCAAUGGUCAGCCAAGAACAAAGCAAAGUCCUGUGGAUCCCUGCCUGCCCACUCUAGAAGGCCGUGCCAGGAGGCAACUCGGCCAGCCUGAUGGUGGGGAGACCUGGCUCCCUCUUCUCCAGUGACUGAAGACAGAUGCUUGUCUGUCUACGGAUCGGCCAGGAAGGAUCCGGAACCAGGACUCCAGAAGCACCUCCCUCACAGACGGAGGGUAGCAGCCACACCACAGGGAUUCUGGCCCAGGCCAGCAGGCUGCUCCUCCCAAGAGUGCUUUAUACAGACACUUGACACAGGGGUUCAACGCCCACCUUCCUAUAGCCAGCCGACCAGAGAUGCUGCACAGAGAACCUUCAGAUCACAAGUUUACAAGCCUUUUCUAAGUAUUUGGUUGUUUAUGUUUACUUGAAUGGCUCCAUGCUGUGGGUGCCCAGCCCCUGCCCUACCCCCACCCCUGCUCAGCCCUCUGUUGCUUUUGUUUUGGUUUUGUUCUACAAAAUGUCCCUGGAACC